ACUGUUGUAUGGGUUGAAGCAGUAGUCCAAAAACGGCAGCUUUGAGUGAUAGAAAGUCGAAAGCAUUGACCGAAAAAGGCGUUUGAUAGAAAUAUCUGUCGAAGAAAAGUAUCAGGACGAGAAGCAAGGAAUCAAUAAUGCUCGUCGCUCCUGCCAUCCAAAACCUGUAUUCUCACAAACAAGAAGCGUUGAAUCUAUGGAACUUGUUCGAAACACCAACUUGUCUGCUCUUCUUGUCUUGCUAUCUUGCUUUUGUUUAGAGUUUGGCUCUGCAACAGACACCAUCACAGCAGCUAAAUUCAUCAACGACUCUGAAACCAUCAUCUCCAAUGGGGGUGACUUCAAACUGGGAUUUUUCAGCCCUCCAAAUUCUACCAAUCGGUAUGUUGGGAUAUGGUAUGCUGAAAUUUCUGUGUUCACUGUCGUAUGGGUUGCUAACAGAAACAAUCCCCUCAAGAAUUCCUCUGGAAUUCUUACCAUAUCCGAAGAUGGCAAUCUGGUAGUGUUAGAUGGGCAAAAGAAGGUUCUCUGGUCAUCAAAUUUAACAAAUUCUGUUGUCAAUUCGAGUGCCCAGCUUUUAGAUUCUGGAAACCUUGUUUUGCGAGGUAACACUACAGGGACAAUCAUAUGGGAGAGUUUCCAACAUCCUUCUAAUACAAUCAUAAAAAAUAUGAAAAUUAGUACGGAUGUUAGAACGGGUAAGAAAGUGCAGCUGACAUCAUGGAAAAGUCCUUCUGAUCCAUCCAUUGGAAACUUCUCUGCCGGUAUUGAGGUUCGAAAUAUUCCUGAAAUUUUCAUCUGGAACGACAGUAACACAUAUUGGCGGAGUGGUCCAUGGAACGGCCAAGUCUUUAUCGGAGUACCGAACAUGUAUUCUGUAUAUCGUGAUGGAGUUACUCUUGUACCUGAUAAUGAUGGAACAUUCUAUUUUUCUUUUUCCUUUUCAAACGAGUCUUUCACAACACAAUUUGUCUUGAAUGCUCAAGGAAAUCUACAGGAAACACAUUUCGACACUGGGGAUGAUCGUUGGGUGAUCGGGUGGUCAGCUUUGAAUACUGACUGCCAUGUUUAUGGCAAGUGUGGGGCAUUUGGAAGCUGUAAUUCACAGAAUUCACCAAUUUGCAGCUGUAUAAGGGGGUUUGAGCCAAAGAACGGAGAAGAAUGGAACAGAGGAAAUUGGACUAGUGGAUGUGAGAGGAGGAGACCCUUGCAGUGUGAGAGGGUGGACAAUGGCAGUGAUGGGGGCAAAAAAGAUGGAUUUUUGAAAUUAACGAUGAUGAAAGUGCCAGACUUGGCAGAUUGGUCAUCUGCUCUUGAAGAAAAAUGUAGAAACCAAUGCUUGGAGAAUUGUUCCUGUAUAGCUUACGCAUACGAUUCUGGCAUUGGUUGUAUGGCAUGGACAAGAAGCUUAAUUGACCUACAGAAAUUCUCAAGUGGCGGAGUUGAUCUUUAUGUUCGUUUGGCUUAUUCAGAACUUGAUAAAAAGGGAAAUGUGAAAGUAAUCGUAACAGUCACAGUGAUCGUAGGAGUAAUAUGCACUGGCAUAUGUACUUACUUAUUGUGGCGUUGGAUGGCUAAUCAAAAAGUAGAGAAAAGGAAAAGGAGGAUGUUAUUGUUCGACACGGGGGAAGCAUAUAAAAAAUUUUCUAGUGAAGACAAUCUUGAAGACAACGUGAACCAAGUUAAACUCCAAGAGUUACCGUUAUUCAAUCUUCAGGAGCUGGCAAGUGCAACAAACAACUUCCAUCAAUCAAAUAAGCUUGGCCAGGGUGGAUUUGGUCCUGUAUACAGGGGAAAACUUUCAAAUCAACAAGAAAUUGCAGUAAAAAGACUUUCAAGAGCCUCUGGACAAGGGCAAGAAGAAUUUAUGAAUGAAGUGGUGGUCAUAUCUAAACUCCAGCACCGGAAUCUCGUUAAACUCCUUGGCUGCUGUGUUGAAGGGGAAGAAAAGAUGUUAGUUUAUGAAUACAUGCCAAACAAAAGUUUGGACACAUUUCUCUUUGAUUCAAUCAAACCGAAACUACUAGAUUGGAGAAGACACUUCAACAUUAUUGAGGGAAUCAGUCGAGGUCUGCUGUACCUUCAUAGGGAUUCCAGAUUAAGGAUUAUUCAUAGAGAUCUAAAAGCAAGUAAUAUCUUGUUGGACGAAGAGCUAAAUCCAAAAAUAUCAGAUUUUGGUUUGGCUAGGAUUUUUGGGGGCAAUGAAGAUCAGGCCAAUACUAAAAGGGUCGUUGGAACAUAUGGGUACAUGUCCCCUGAAUAUGCAAUGGAAGGGCGAUUUUCAGAGAAAUCAGAUGUCUUCAGCUUUGGAGUGUUGUUACUCGAGAUUGUUAGUGGAAGAAGAAAUUCUAGCUUUUAUGAUGAUGAGCAGGACAUGAGCCUUCUAAGAUUUGCAUGGAAAAUGUGGAAUGCAAACAACAUUGUGGCAUUAACAGACCCGAUGAUACGUGAACCCUGCUUUGAAAUGGAAAUUUUGAGAUGCAUACACGUCGGGCUACUGUGUGUGCAAGAAUUUGCUAAAGAUAGGCCAACUGUCUCCAUUGUUAUUUCCAUGCUUAAAAGUGAGACUCUUGAUCUGCCUCUUCCGAAGCAACCUGCAUUCACGGAAAGGCAAAUUGCCCUAGAUGCUGACUCCUCUCAACACAACUCAACCUUUCAAAGACAAUGAAGAGAACAAAACAAUCCAGUUGAGCAAUAUUCACGAUGACCAGUGGGGUUCAUGAGAUUCCCGUAUUGGAUCCAUUCCAAGCAGACAGGGCAAAUACAGGGCAUUACAGCGGUCGAACGUAGCUCCCUCUGAGGUGACUUUAACCUCUGUAUUUCUUGGUUGUUAAUUCUGCAAUCAGUUGAGGCCUGUUUUGUUUCACGUGGAGAGUUCAUCGACUUCUUUAUGAACUCUGCCAAGUUCUCAGUUAGGAAACUAGAAAACAAGGAAGGAAGAAGACGA